UAAUAGUUCUUAACUUACUUGUGAUUGCAGUUGGGUGGUCAUGUUACCAAAUGGGUCAUGGUAGAAAACUAGAUCCAGAGCCAGGGAGGUGCAGAAGAACAGAUGGGAAGAAAUGGAGAUGCUCAAAAGAAGCAGGCUCAGAUUCAAAGUACUGUGACAGACACAAGCAUAGAAGCAAAAAACGUUCAAGAAAGCAUGUUGAAUCUAUGGAAACUGCUGAUUCAUCAAAAGGCAGAAACACGAUUCAAGCUUCUUUAAGAAUCCCCACCAAUCAGAAGAAAUUGCUCAUGGACUCCUCCUUUAGCCUUUGUUCCAGUCCAGAUAACAGUUUCAGGUAUGGCCACUGGAAGAAUGAGGAAGUUGACAAUAAUGAACAUGUUUUUCUAUCUAAUGCUGGUUAUGGGAAAGGAAAAGGCUACUCAAGCUCGUUACUUGAUGAUUCUUGGCAAUUGAAGGAAAAGAGUUACCUUGGUUUUACAUCUAAGGAGCAAUGCUUGCAGUUUGAAGGCCUCAAUAAACCUUCUAAACAUUGCCAAAAUCAAAUGUUUUUGGGUACAGAGAAAGUGAUGCACCAUUUCAUUUAACUUAUUUGGAAGUCCAACUUAUCAUGUAAAAGUCGUUUAUCAUUC